CGGAAGCACGUUGGGGUAGGUCAGGUUGGGUUAUCAAAAGGGUGCGAAAUAGAAUGUCCCGGUUGUACAAAACGAACUUAAUAUUUUUCUAAAGAACGAUUGAUACCUGUCGGAAGGAGAAGUUUUACCAUCAAAAUGAGCAGUCGCAUCAGGUCUCUGCUCCAGAAGAAGCUCCUCCAAAAGACUGGCCUCCCAGACUUCCCAAUCUCCCAGCAUUUAUCUCUAAAACUUGACAAAACAACAAAUGCAUUUACCUACGAACUCCCUUUGAGAACCGCCACUUAUGACCUUCGAAGUCACGCAGAUUUGCUUGCAACUCUCCAAAUAGAGGACGACCUCUUCAAGACUGUAAACCUAAAGAAGCAAAAAAACCACGAAUUCCUCUCGAUAUCGCUGAACCGCGACAGCUUUAUAAAGCAGAUCCUAGAAUGCAACAGCCGCCAGGUUGUUCCCCCAGUGGUCGCCGAGGCAAAUAAAAAAAUUCUCGUCGAAUUUUCUUCCCCGAACAUCGCUAAGCCCUUCCACGUAGGGCACCUCCGCUCCACAAUCAUCGGAAACUAUAUUUCAAACCUGAAUAAAUACCUGAACAACAGCGUCAUGAAAUUAAAUUACCUAGGAGACUGGGGAACUCAAUUGGGAUUUAUCCUCCUAGGGAUGGAUCUGCUGGACGUUUCAGCGGAAAAGAUGAGAGACGACCCGAUGCAACAAUUGUAUGAGGCCUACGUCCACGCGAAUAAAUUAUCGGAGAGUGAUCCAGAGGUACUGGACAGAGCCAGAGCCAUCUUCCAGAGGCUGGAGAUGGGAGAGUCAAAGGGUUUGACCCGCUGGGAGGUGCUUAAAAAUUUAACUGUCACGGAGUUGCAGAAGACGUAUGACAGGCUGGGGCUGCAGUUCGACGAGUACCACUGGGAGUCCUCUUAUAAUUACUCGAAGAUCACGGGAGUGAUAGAUCGAAUGGAAAAAUUGAAUUUGCUCAAGGUCGACGAGCAAAAGAGAAAGAUCAUCGAAAUUAAUGAUAAGAGGAAUUUGCCGAUAAUUAAGAGUGAUGGAUCGACAUUGUACAUCACCAGGGACAUCGCAGCAGCGAUUGAUCGUGCAGGAAAAUACGAGUUUGAUGCGAUGUAUUACGUCGUGGAGUCCGGGCAACAGGAUCACUUGAAUAACUUAUUCACCAUCUUGGGGCGGAUGAAUUACUCGUGGGUGAAUAAACUGCAUCAUUUAAAAUUCGGGAGGAUCUCGGGGAUGAGUACGAGAAAGGGAACCGCUGUAUUUCUUGAGGACUUUUUGGAUGAAGCGAGGGAUGCCAUGAAGGAGCAGCAGAGACAGACUGCGACUACGAAGGUAAAUUUGGAUUCUGAAGAGGGGAGUUCGGAUGUCCUGGGGAUUUCUGCUGUUGUUGUUCAUGAUUUGAAGCAGAGGAGGACGAAGGAUUAUAAAUUCAGCUGGGACGUCGCUCUGGAUAUAAAGGGAGAGACUGGUGUAAAAUUGCAAUACACCCACUGCCGUCUAUUUGGUAUAGAAGAGAAUAGCGGAGCAACUCUGCCAUCUGAAUGUAAGCCGCAUCUAUUGACAGAACCAAUCAUCAAUGAUCUAGUCACCGCAAUUAGUCAAUUUGAUGAGGCGGUUGUUCUGUCCUAUCAGACACUGGAGUCCUGUUACUUGGCCAAAUACCUGUUCAAUUUGAGUCACACAGUGAACAAGACGAUCCAGGAAAUACGAGUCAAGGGUGAAUCAUCGGACGUUGCGGCGCAGCGACUCCUGCUGUACAAUUCCUCUAGGAAUAUUCUAAACACUGGAAUGAAACUUCUAGGCUUAACACCUCUUUAUAAAAUGUGAAAUUCAAUUAUUCCUUUGUAAUUAACAAUUAAUUACAAAUAACAGAGCACCUAUUCAAUGUCAAUUGUCUUUAUCCUCGUAAGUCACUCAUCCAAUUAUUUAUUUUCGGUCUUAAAGUGCCUUUAGGGUGUGGAAUUACCAUUAUAAAUUCAAUCAUCACGUUGUCUGAUACAUCACGAACUGCCUCUAACGCUUUUUCCACGUAAAUUUACGUCGAGCACC